CGCGGUGAUGCUGCGUAUCAGUAACGCUUCAUGUUUUAUCGCCCGUUUCGGCGGUUCCCUUUCUGCGUCAUGGAUUCCGCCCUCUCUUCGCUGUCCGCCACGUGGACGCUAUUUUAUUUUUUCUCAUACACUGCGACACUCAAUAGUUAAUGCGGGUUCUUAAUAUAUUCCCCGUAAUUAAUUCCCGCUCUUUCUUUCAAUUCCUUUCAACUGUAAUGAUAAUGAUGAGCGAAUAAAAAAAACGUGGCCUCUCAUGGAAUGAAUAAUAUCUCUGUCCCGCUUUUAACUAAUUGCGGUUUGGCGGUCGGCAACGGGAUAUUGCAUUGCACUGGUGCUUAAUUGCUGCGAUUUCCCCUCUUGCACAUUCUCGGUGGAGUUUAUACAGGAAAACCCUCACACCUUCGCACCAAAAUUUAGGGUUUCGAUUCUGUUCAUUGCCUUCUAAUCAAUCUCAUGCGUGCCUAUCAAGUUUAAGCAACGCGCGGCAAUGGCGUACAAGUUUUGAGCCCACCCUGGCCCCUUCUUCUUCUAUAUUUUCGCAUUCAUAUAAGACUGCCAUUGCUCAUUGAUCUUUACUCAUUUUGGAUCGUCUCGAUAUUAUUUACUCUGCACCGGCUGCUUUUUCGUUCGUGCCCGGGUGCUUGUUGAUUCAAGGUGAAAAUCACAGAGAGUAUAGUCAGAAAAUCUGGUUUACUAUAAUGACAAAUUUUCCAUGCUGCAAUACUUGAACUUCUCUGAAGAAAGCCAUUUUUGAGAUAUCAGUUGAACUAUACAUAUAUUCUUUAGGUGAUGAGCAUGGCUUGGACGUCAUAUGUCAUUCUUUCUGUGUAAAGAUAUGUGUCAAGGUUGCCAAUAUAGUGGACAAAGAUGAAAAUUGUUGCUCUUUUUACUUCUGCUGGAAUUAAUAUUGGCAUCUGUGCGGUGCUUCUUUCACUUUAUUCGAUAUUAAGAAAACAGCCUGGCAAUGUUAAUGUAUACUUUGGACGGAGGCUGGCCUCUAAACGGUCAAGACGCACUGAUCUCUGCUUGGAAAGAUUUGUUCCUUCCCCUAGCUGGAUAUUGAAAGCAUGGCAUACAACUGAAGAUGAAUUAUUGGCUGUUGGUGGCUUGGAUGCUGUGGUUUUUAUCAGGAUAGUUGUAUUCAGUCUUAGAGUUUUUUCCAUUGCGGCUAUCAUCUGCACUGUUCUGGUGCUUCCAGUAAAUUACUAUGGCCAGGAAGGAAAACACAAGGAUAUUUCUUUUGAGCCACUGGAAGUAUUUUCCAUUGAGAAUGUUAAAGAAGGCUCAAAAUGGCUUUGGGCGCAUUGUCUGGCAUUAUACAUCAUAACUAUUGCUGCUUGCGCUCUUAGUUAUUUUGAAUUCAAGGCCAUUACUAAUUUGAGGCUAGUGCAUAUUAUUGGGUCACCUCCAAAUCCAAGUCACUUUGCAAUUGUUGUGCGAGGAAUUCCGUGGUACCCAGAAGUUUCAUACUAUGAAACUGUGAGAAAAUUUUUCUCAAAUUAUCAUGAAUCAACAUAUUUGUCGCACCAAAUGAUUUAUAAGUCUGGAACUGUGCAGAAAUUGAAGGAUGAUGCAGAGCUGAUGUAUAAAUCAAUAAAGGGUAGUUCAUUUGAUCAGAGAUGUAAGCCUCAUCUUCCGCAAUGCUUCUGUGGAGGGCCUAGAAACUCUUUCAAGAUGAUUUCUAAUGAGAUAGGCAGCAUACAUGGGAGAACAGCCUAUGAUGACGUGAAUAUAGAUGAAAGAAAAAAGGAGUGUGCAGCUGCUUUUGUGUUCUUUAAAACUCGGUAUGCUGCUCUUGUGGCUUCACAAAUUCUUCAAACAUCAAAUCCAAUGUUGUGGGUUACCGACCGAGCUCCUGAACCACAUGAUAUUUACUGGUCAAACCUUUGCAUACCUUAUAGGCAACUUUGGAUCCGUAAGAUAGCAAUACUUGUGGCUUCUGUCGUCUUCAUGCUCAUGUUCCUUAUUCCUGUCACAUUCGUGCAAGGCUUGACUCAACUGGAUCAUCUUCAGGAAUCACUCCCUUUUCUGAAAGGGAUACUUGAAAAGAAAUAUGUGGGCCAGAUAGUAACUGGAUACCUACCAAGUGUGAUUUUGAUUUUGUUUCUGUAUGUUGUUCCUCCAACGAUGAUGCUAUUCUCAGCAAUUGAGGGGUCUAUUUCACGUAGCAGAAGGAAGAAAAGUGCAUGCUACAAAGUUUUGUUCUUCUUGAUCUGGAACGUGUUUUUUGUUAAUGUUUUCACCGGGUCUGUUAUCAGCCAGCUCUCAGUCUUUAACAGGAUAACGAACCUACCUGAACAACUUGCCAAAGAAGUGCCAGCGCAGGCCACCUUCUUCAUAACCUAUGUUUUAUCAUCUGGUUGGGCAAGUUUGGCAAGUGAACUUAUCCAAAUUUGUUCUCUCUUCUUGAUUUGGUUCCAGAGAUAUAUACUCAGAUGUAAGGAUGAUUCACUGAUGGGCCCUCCAUCUUUUCCAUACCAUACCGAAACCCCAAGGAUUUUACUGUUUGCAUUCCUCGGGUUCACCUGUUCUAUUCUAGCACCCCUAAUAAUACCCUUCUUACUGAUUUACUUCUUCCUUGGUUACCUUGUUUACAAAAACCAGCUUAUCAACGUGUAUGUUACAAAAUAUGAUAGUGGCGGAGAGUUUUGGCCCAUUGCUCAUAACACAACAGUGUUUGCAUUGAUCUUCACUCAAAUAGUUGCUCUUGGGGUGUUUGGCAUGAAACGCUCAACUGUUGCAUCCGGAUUUACCGUUCCUUUGCUGAUUCUUACUAUUCUAUUUCACGAGUACUGUAGGCAGCGAUUUCUCCCAAUAUUCAAGGACAAUUCAACUCAGGUUCUUAUUGACAUGGAUAGGAGAGAUGAGCAUGCUGGAAAGAUGGAAGAAAUAUAUGAUCAGUUGCAUGCAGCCUACUGCCAGUUUACUUCGGCAACGCCUGACUCUGAUUUUUCCACUAAUACGCGUGGCCAGGACUUGGAGGGGUCAAAUCAGGUUUCAGAAACUUCGGAGACAGGCAACCCACAGCCAAAACGAUGAAUCAUGACCAGUACAUGGCAGUCCAGCCACGGCAAUUUCAGUAAUUGAUGGGAAUUAAUGAGUUUCUUUUUUUCUCGCCCUUAAAUGCUGGGAGUUGCCGUGCCAUGCCCGCUAAGGUGGGUGCAUCAAGUCGUCAAGCUUCUGUGUCAGUCAUGGUAAAUACCAUCUCAAGACACUUACACUAGUGAAAGGAAAAAAGCGGGAAAUAGAUUUUGCCGUAGGUAAGUUCUGCGUCCCAGUAAUCAUAUCGCAUCCAUCUCCACCGUGUGCUUCCUCUUAAUACUUAGGUUCUAUAGCUUGCAGAAUGUACAAAAUUCUUUCGCUGUAAAUAUUAUUCAUCAGUAUAGUAGUGAGGAAGGCUGCUUUAUGUUGCGUCACGCCGACAUAUGUAAAUGAAGGGCCUUAAGCUCAACACAGGGAGACAAAUUCUAGUUAUGUUGCUGCUCUUUUUCAUUUUUUUUUUGGGUCAACCAUUUUUUGUUGUUUUAACAAGAAGUCACCGUUAAUGUAUGAUUGUACUUAGUUGGUCAAAAAUGUAUUGUUGUACGUAAAUAUUAUUCCAAAUGCGCUUAUAAAGAUCGUUUAGGUGUGAGAAUUUUAAUUUGUAUGAAUAAUAUUCUCCGUCUGCACUUUUGCUAAGA